CACCUCCAUCGAUUCUCUGCCUAACCCACGUCGUCCCUCGGCUCUCAAACGACAUGGAAAUUUCGUCAAUUCUUCAGGGCGGCUACCAGCACCCUCUGUCGCGAACAUGGCAGGGCCGCCAGCUGAACAAGUCCAUGCUCAUGUACCCCAUUUUCAUCACCGACGACGAUGACGCCCGUGUCGAGGUUCCAACUCUUCCAGGCCAAUGCCGGUGGGGCGUCAACCGGCUGGAAGGCUUCCUCGGGCCCCUCGUCAAGAAGGGUCUCGCCAGUGUCAUCCUCUUUGGCGUGCCUAUGAAAUGCCAAAAGGACCCCCACGGCGGCCCCGCAGACGACCCCAACGGCCCGGUCAUCCAAGCGAUCAAGAAGAUCCGCCAGCUCUUCCCCGACCUGUACAUCGCAACGGACGUCUGCCUGUGCGAGUACACGUCACACGGGCACUGCGGCUACCUGCGCGAGGACCAGACGAUCGACACCGAGUUGUCCAUCGCGCGCAUUGCCGAGGUCGCCCUCGCAUACGCCAAGGCCGGCGCGCACUGUGUCGCCCCCAGCGACAUGAUGGAUGGCCGCAUCCAGGCUAUCAAGCGCCGCCUCAUCGACGAGGGGUACGGCAACCGAUGCACGUUGAUGUCGUACUCUGCAAAGUUUGCUAGCGCACUUUACGGUCCUUUCAGGGAUGCUGCUGGAAGUUCACCCUCGUUCGGUAACCGCAAGUGUUACCAACUUCCACCAAAUGCAAAGGGACUCGCUCGUCGCGCCAUUAAACGCGACGUCAACGAGGGCGCGGAUAUCAUCAUGGUCAAGCCUGCGCUCCCUUACCUGGAUGUCAUCUCCGACGCUGCCGAGCUCGCGCGCGAUCUGCCGCUGGCCUGCUACCAGGUCAGCGGUGAGUAUGCCAUGGUGUGCGCUGGCGCCACCCAGGGCGUUUACGACUUGCGUACGAUGGCAUUUGAGACGUGCGAGAGCAUGGUUCGGGCUGGCGCAACCAUCAUUCUCACAUAUUUCACUCCUCAAUUCCUCGACUGGCUGGACGAGAAGCCUUAGACAGGCGGUCAAGCGUCUAUCGCACGACGACGGACAUAGACUUUGGAAACAAUUAAUUGUAUCAAAACAAUAUGUAAUACAUCCCACCUCACAACAAAGAUCGUGUUUAACA